AUGUGGAGAUUCCUGGAGUCACUGCCACAGGUAAGCUAUGACAUGAAGUGCUUGAACUAGAAGCUCUGUCAUGUAUUUUUUGUUACUAGUCUUUUCUGGUGUUUGUCCAGACACCGCAAAAGGAACUCUGUUCUACACAUGACAUUAUGUGGUUUCUUUGAUUUUUCAGCAUGGCCCACACGGGCCAUACACUCUGCUCAACAGCACCAUGCCCAUCAUUCGUCAGUUUUUGGAUGACACUGUUGACCUGCGCCCCAACCUUCGCCUCUCUCGUCACUCGCUUGCUGCCCUUACUGCUGCCAUCGACCUUAGCGUGACCCAAGGCUGGCCAAAGGACAUAGAGGUGCUGCUGUUCGUUUUUUGGCUGGCCCAUGCAGCGUCCUACAGGGUGGUGGCUGCAGCCUGCAACAUCCCUAAGUCCACUGUGCACGAUAUUGCGCACAGGGUGACCAAGGCUGUCGUGGGCAUCCUGGGCCGCACCAUCCGCCUCCCCAACCCUGACCAGCUGGAGGACAUUGCUGCUGGCUUCAGCCGCCUCGGGGGAAGUCCAGCUCUGCGGACCGUGGUCGGGGCAAUUGAUGGCUGCCACGUCCACAUCAAGCCACCUGCAGCACAUCAGCUGGACUUCCUAAACCGUAAGCUCUUCCAUUCUAUUUAG